AAUUGCUUUUUGCCGCAACUAUCCCACACGGAACAACUCUUCCCGACCGCUCCUGCCCAAUUCAGAGGCCACUCGUCAGCGAACCCGUGAAACGGAGCACUCCUCGGCCCCUUUCGUUUCCACGACACUUAUUUUGGCACCACCUCUUUUUGUCCCUUAUUAACGGUCUCGCUAAAAGGUCUUCGAAAGGACGCUCGCGCGCUUACUGAACCCGCGCACGCCCUCCUCUCUCCUCACGCAGCCGAAACGGCCGUUGGUAGGGGCCGCCUUGGACGAAACCGGCGGGGGCGGUGGGCGGGGCUUCCUCCCCAUGAUUUCCGGCCCUGGCGAGGGCGCCCUGUUUUCUACCUCCCUUCCCCGUGACAGGAACGGGAGGCGGCAGCGGAAGCCGGAGUGGAAGUGGCCAAGCUGGGUUCCGUUGAGGUGGCUGUCAUGGUGUAGUCGCGCCCCGGGUCGACACCGGUCAACCAGGCCCCACGGUGGGCGCUGCACCUUUUCUCCCGGUGGAGGCAGAGUACCGUCAUAAUAAUGGAGUCCAUGCUAAACAAAUUGAAGAGCACUGUUACCAAAGUGACUGCAGAUGUCACUAGUGCAGUUAUGGGAAAUCCUGUCACCCGAGAGUUUGAUGUUGGCCGACAUAUUGCUAGUGGUGGCAAUGGGCUUGCUUGGAAGAUAUUUAAUGGCACUAAAAAAUCAACAAAACAGGAAGUAGCAGUAUUUGUAUUUGAUAAAAAGCUUAUAGACAAAUAUCAGAAAUUUGAGAAGGAUCAAAUUAUUGAUGCCUUAAAACGAGGAGUUCAACAGUUAACAAGACUUCGACACCCCCGGUUGCUUACUGUGCAACAUCCACUAGAAGAAUCACGGGACUGUUUAGCAUUCUGUACAGAACCAGUAUGUGCAAGUUUGGCUAAUGUUCUUGGAAGCUGGGACAACCUUCCCUCACCUUUGCCAUCUGAUAUCAAAGAAUAUAAACUCUAUGAUGUAGAAAUGAAGUAUGGUUUGCUUCAGGUUUCUGAAGGUCUGUCAUUUCUUCAUAGCAGUGUAAAAAUGAUCCAUGGCAACCUUACUCCAGAAAAUAUAAUUUUAAAUAAAACUGGAGCAUGGAAGAUUAUGGGAUUUGACUUCUGUAUUCAGUCUAUAAAUCCUUCUGAGCAAGAGCAAAAGUUCUCUUGUAAAGAAUGGGAUCCAAAUUUGCCAUCUUUAUGUCUUCCAAAUCCAGAAUAUUUGGCCCCAGAAUACAUCCUUUCAGUGAGCUGUGAAACAGCUAGUGACAUGUACUCUCUUGGAGCAAUUAUGUAUGCUGUGUUUAAUAAUGGAAAACCUAUUUUUGAGGUUAACAAGCAGGAUAUCUAUAAAAGUUUCAGCAGACAGUUGGAUCAGCUUAGUCGUUUGGGUGCCAAUAACCUUCAAAAUAUCCCAGAAGAAGUCUGUGAGCAUGUAAAGCUGCUGCUAAAUGUAGCACCUGCAGUCAGACCAGAUGCAGACCAAAUGACUAAAAUACCAUUCUUUGGUGACGUUGGCGCCGUGACACUACAGUACUUUGAUUCUUUAUUCCAAAGGGAUAAUCUGCAAAAGUCCCAGUUUUUCAAAGGGCUGCCAAAAGUUUUACCAAAACUACCCAAGCGUGUUAUAGUACAGCGGAUUUUGCCUUCCUUGACAUCCGAGUUUGUAAAUCCAGAUAUGGUACCUUUUGUAUUGCCUAAUGUUCUGCUUAUCGCGGAGGAGUGUACCAAAGAAGAAUAUGUAAAGCUAAUUUUACCUGAGCUUAGUCCCGUCUUUAAACAGCAGGAACCAAUCCAGGCUAGCAACAUGAUUCUGUUGAUAUUUCUUCAAAAAAUGGACUUGCUGCUGACCAAAACACCUCCUGAUGAAAUAAAGAAUAGUGUUUUACCAAUGGUUUACAGAGCCUUGGAAGCACCUUCAAUUCAGAUACAGGAACUCUGUUUAAACAUUAUUCCUACGUUUGCUAACCUUAUAGAUUAUCCGUCAAUGAAAAAUUCUUUGAUACCAAGAAUUAAAAAUGCGUGUUUACAAACAUCAUCUCUUGCUGUCCGUGUAAAUUCCUUAGUCUGUUUGGGAAAGAUUUUGGAAUAUUUGGAUAAAUGGUUUGUUCUUGAUGAUAUCCUGCCUUUUUUGCAACAAAUUCCUUCUAAGGAACCUGCAGUCCUCAUGGGAAUUCUAGGUAUCUACAAAUGUACAUUUAGUCAUAAAAAGCUGGGGAUCACAAAAGAACAACUUGCAGGAAAGGUGCUGCCACAUCUGAUUCCUCUUAGCAUUGAAAACAAUCUUAAUCUAAAUCAGUUUAAUUCCUUCAUUUCAGUCAUAAAGGAGAUGUUAAGUAGAUUGGAAGCUGAGCAUAAGACUAAACUGGAACAAAUCCAUAUUAUGCAAGAACAGCAAAAAUCUUUGGAUAUAAAUCAAAUGAAUAUGGCUGACGAAACAAAAGCCAGUACAGGCAAUCAGAUUGACAGGGUGUUUAGCAAUUUAGGAACAGAUAUUAUAUCAGGUCAUUCUGACUGUAAGGAGAAUGGACUACUGGCAAAUCAGAGAAAGGGAUCACUUACAUUGGAGGAGAAGCAAAAGUUAGCAAAGGAACAAGAACAAGCACAAAAACUCAAAAACCAACCACCACUUAAACCUCAGCCUCACACAGUUACUGCUCCAGUCAAACAGACAAAGGACUUGACUGAUACUUUAAGAGAGAACAUGGCAUCAUUGACCAGCCAGUCGGUCAACAAACCUAAAGUUCCUUCUUCAAGUAGCUUUUCUUCAAUGGGUAUUGGAAUGGGUUUCUCAUCAUCAGUUGAAAGCAGCAAGAGAAAUGGACUAAAUGCUAAUGUGGGAUUUCAGUCUUCUGGAUUUGGUAUUGGGGUUGGUACUGUAAGCCAGAAUUACUUUGGUAAUGCUGGUGUCACUGGAUUGGCCAACAUGAACAUGUUGCCAACAGCAAACAUGUCACCUUACAACCCUGUGAACACUACAGCUGCAGUUUCACAGCCAUCACAGCAAAACAGGCCACCUGACAUGUCAGCUUUAGACAGCUUGUUUGGUCCUCAAAAACCCAAGGUUAGCAUGAAUCAGUUGUCGCAACAAAAAACAAAUCAGUGGCUUAAUCAGUUGGUACCUCCUCAGGGUACCAACAAUUCACCCUUGGGGACACAGAUGAAUGUAAUGGGACAGUCUGGCUUUGGCUUACAGGGAAAUCCUUUCUUUAAUCCUCAAAACUUUGCACAACCAACAAACAGCAUGACAACCAGCAGCUCAGCUAGCAAUGACUUAAAAGACAUCUUUGGAUAAUAUCUAAUUGUGAGAAAGCUAAUUGAAUAUCUCUUUAUGUCUGGUAAAAAGCUGAUUAGAAGAAACUUCAUCUAGCAAAAUGGACACAAGAAAAGCUUUCCAUGAUGGCUUCAUGCUACUAUUUAUGUUCCUAUGCAUUUAAUUUUCUUAGGCAUCAAGUAGCACCUUUCCCCUAUUUUACAGUUUUGUGGUCAGAUUGAAUCAUAAUACCCAGAAAAAUUAGAAACCAUGUACCUCAGAACUUCAGGAAUUUGUCUCCAUACCACUGUGUACUUCUAAAAAUAAAUAAAUUGCAAAUAAACUUAAGUAGAUACAU